UCGGUCGCAGUUAAAAUGAUUGAGAAGUUCGUGAUAUUGUUAUUGCCAGUAUUCGUAUCGGAGUCGGCAUCGGGAUCAACAUCGACAUCGAAAUUCCGAAACCGUGACUGGGCACGGACAGUACGUGUGUUCCCUCACUUACAAGCUGCAAUUCUUAAUGACCACCUCGUUGAAGCCUCUUUCCGCAACGACAUCGUUUUCCAUUGCAAAGCAGCAACAACAACCGAUGCCGACAACAAUAUUUUCCCCAUCCAUCCCCAAGAUAUCGAAGGAUUUAAAAGACUCGACAUAGGCUACCGACUGGGACUAUUCCUGCACGGCUGGGAGACUCGUUCCCACAACAACAUCUGGAUGCUGGAUAUAUUGAAAACCUGGUCCAAGCGGGAGAACAUCAACGUUUGCAUCGUAGAUUGGGGCGUUCUCGCUCAGCAAAACUACAUGAGUGUAGCGUCGAAUGUGUUCGAUGUCGGCUUAACGGUGGCGUCCGUAAUCGAAUCGCUAGAGAGCACCGAACUCUUCUACCGCACCAAUAUUACUCUCACUGGCUACAGCUUGGGCGCCCAUGCUGCCGGCUUUGCCGGACAACGGCUGGGGGGACAAGUUGACCAUAUAAUUGGAUUGGAUCCGGCCGGACCCAUGUUUACGGUGCCGGCCGAUGUUGGGACCAAGUAUCGCCUGGACGAGAGCGAUGGUCAGUUUGUUCAGGUCAUUCAUACAACGGGUGGAGUGUUGGGGGUAAUGCAGAAAUCCGGACAUGCAGACUUUUACCCGAAUGGAGGAGUGUCACCGCAAACUAAUUGUGCUUUUCCUUUUCGAGGAGGAGAAUCGACUUCAAGUCGGAUUCUUUGUAGCCAUUAUACAGCAGUCAAAUAUUUUACGUACUCAAUGGAGAAGGAUUUGCCUUAUGUGGGGUAUCAGUGUAACAACUGGGCUCUGUUCAUUUUUAGGCUGUGUCGUUCUAAUGCAAUUGGUAUCUUUGGCAUACACACGAAGCGACUGCCAGGGAUAUUUUAUUUUACAACAACAAGGAAUGAACCGUAUGUUGAGAGGCAACAAAUUGGUGAAGAAUCGUAAAAGCAAAUAAUGUACAUAUCUAGUGAC